AUGCCAAGUGGAUGUCUAUUUUGUGAUUCUUGUGGAUCUUAUGAUCAUGAUUCUUCCAUGUGUUCACAAGCUUUUGUUGAUGGAUGUGAUGAUGUUGAAAACAAUGAAUGUGAACAUGUGAACUUUGUGUCUAAUGCUAAUGGUGGUCAAAGGUUUGAUGGACCUAAGAAUUUUGGCAAUAGGAAUUCUCACCCUCAAGGUGGUUUCGAUAGUUAUAACAAUGAAGGCUAUAGGAACCAAGGAAACCAAGGUUUCCGAGGGAACUAUAACAACCAAGGUUAUAGUAAUCAAAACUCAAGCCAUGGGUAUGGAAAUCAAGGUCAAUCUCAAGGCUUUGGUAACCAUUACCAUAAUGGUGGCAAUAGUCAAGGCCGAGGGAAUGGGAACAAUAACCAAAGUCGGGGAAAUUUUCAAAACAACAACCAAAGGGGACCCCCUCCCGAUUUUGCUCCAAAGCCCCAAGCCAAUGGUGAAAAUUCUUAUUCCCAACCAUCAUCAUUUAAGUCAAAUUUGGAAUAG